AUGUCUAUCUCUACUCAGAUGCAGAAUGUCAACGUUCGGCUUUGCGUUUACCUCCUACCUAUCCCAAUUGCUGUCUUCUAUUGUAUCUGCAUUCUUCCCUCAGAAAAGAUGACCUGUCAGUCCACCUCUGGCAAGAUGGUUGAUACUCUCCUCAAAUCCAUCGCCGAAAACUCUGACGCGAUCGUCGCGGACCCCAUGGGUCUGGUAUCUUUGGCCCUGAAUAUUCAAUCCAAGAUUAUCUUGUACCUCCUCGCGGCCGCCGGUGUUCUCUUCCUUAAUGGGAUGAUUCUGACGCUCUUAUUAAAGCGACAACUUAAGGCAUCAACAAAGGACAACGCGAUUGCACUGAAGCGGAAGAAGAUGUUGAGAAGCGCUUCCCUAACAACGAUCUGGAUAUCGGUUGGGCUUGUCCUAGCGUCUUCUAUUGCAAUCAGCCAGGCAACCGGAGCGAUGGCAUUCAUCACUCAACGAGAUACUGUCUCGACGAUUCGCAUUACUGCUGGAAAGACGCUGAGUGUUCUCCAGUGGUUGACCUUCUCAUUCUCCUUGAUCUUUGCUGUUGGUAUAUCAGCAAUAUUCCAGAAACAGGGCGGUGUGAUCGAAUCAGCUGGUUCAACCGGACCUCCCCGGCCCAUGGCCGCUGUGGGUGGUCCUCCACCCCCACCCCCACCUCCCUCAUACUUUGCCUAA